AUGGUGCACAAGAAGGGGGGACAGGACAUCGAGUACUACGUCACAAACUACACAGACUUGUACCACUUCUUCCAGAGUGGUGGCAUACCGACCUCAAACCACUUCGUCGCCAAUACCGCCGCCCUCCUUGCCAAGAGUCUCUACCAGAAUCCCGACCCGCAGAAUGAGAAGCUGACCAAGAGACUACUACAAGGAUACCGCGCCACGAGCAGAGAGGAGGAAACACGGAAGUCUCGGAUCCCUCUAGAACCUGACACACGAGCGACACCGACUCCUGCAAGUACAGACCCCCGAGCAGACAGCGACCUCCGUGAUGCCAGCAAGCGGGGAAACGUGGCGGCUGUGAAGCGCAUCCUGGCAGCAGGACGGGCUGACGUCAACAGUAAAGACUUGAAUGGGUGGACACCGGUGCUGUGGGCAGCAAGGUGGGGGCACGGAGAAGUCGUGGAGCUCCUGAUGAGGAAAGGAGCUGAUGUGCCAGUGUUGACCUUUAACGAUAACAACAUCCUUCACGUCGAAUGUAUGGGUAGUGAUGUGGAGACGGUGAAGUAUGUGCUGUCACUGAACGUGGUGGACAUCAACGCCAGGAACAAGCAGGGGCAGACCGCGUUCUUCUGGGCGAGAAACUUUCGACAUCGGCGAGUGGAGAGUCUGCUUAUGUCCAUCGGCGCUCAUUGA